AUGAGUGAAGGAUUUAUGGUUUAUUCCGGAGCCAAACUAGAUGAACUUGAACCGAUCAAAUUAAUCAGAUCCAAACCGAUCUCAUCAUUUACAUCAGAAGUAGAACUCAAUCGAACCAAAGUUUUUAAAACAAAGUCUAACAAACCAGAUCAUGUAGUAAGAGUCGAGAGUCAAAAGAAUGGACAUUUCGCAAGACUAAACGAAUCGUUUGGUCAAUGGAUCGUGCCUUUGAUCGAUUUGAAUCUAUGUGAAUUCGAGGGAAAUCUAGUCUUUCCACCUGAAAACCCACGUUCAGGUAACCCAUAUAGUGAUACGGUCCAAUUCUAUAUCAAAGUUUAUAUCACUCGAGAUGCAUUCGGUCCACCUGAUCAAUUAUCAAGUCGUCUUAGAACUCAUCCUAGUAUGAAAUCUAAACAACCAAGUAAAUCAAAAUCGGUGAAACCUUACAAAGUAGAGAAUCCAGAAGACCAAGCCAACAUUAUUAGACAACAAUCAUUAAGCAAAUUAUUUGAUAUCAUAGACCUGAAACCUGUCCAAACCAUUGAUCCAAACCGAUCAAGUCUUUUGAAACCAAAACCCCUGAAACCUAUCACCUCUUCACAAGAUGGAUCAUCUUUGGUGUCGUCAAGUCAAUUGAAAUCGGUUUAUCAUCAAGCUAAUUUAAAAUUAAAUGAGAUCAAACCUCCUAGUGAUUCUCAAAUCUUAAAUGAAGAUUUCAAGUUAGAAUUAAGAACUUAUCAAGAACAAGGUUUGAAUUGGUUAUUGAAUAUGGAAACUCUGUCAGAAGAAACUAAUUCGAUCCAUCCACUUUGGGAUCAAUAUUUUUUUCCAAAGGAAGAAGGUACUCUUGAAUCGAAUGAACCACUUGAACCAUUUUUUUAUAAUCCAUAUAUGGGAUGUUUCACCCUUCAAUUUCCACAUAGCGCACGUAAAUCUAGGGGAGGCAUUUUGGCAGAUGAGAUGGGAUUAGGAAAAACUAUUCAAAUGGCAGCCUUAAUUUGUACAGCUAGACCAAAGAAGGAAGAAACCAAACUCGAAAGUGUAGAUCCAAAUCAAUCAGAUGAAGAAGAAGAAGAAGAAGAAGAAGAAAAGAAGAAGAUCAAAAAGCGUAUGAAAAGUUUAAAAGCCCAACCCGAACCGGUGACUACACUUGUGAUUUGUCCAUUAACCCUUUUAAAUCAAUGGCAAGAUGAAUUAGAAAGAUGUGAUCCAACUUUAAACGUUUCGAUUUAUCAUUCUUCGGAUGGGAAAAGCAAAUUGAAGGAUCCUACGGAUGAUGGAUCGUUUGAUGUGGUCAUUACAACGUAUGGGAUCGUUAGUAAUGAAUGGGUUAAGUUGGAUCAAAAAGGAAUGUUUGAUCCAAACCAAAAGAAAAAGUCGAUCAACAAUGGUCUUUUUAGUGUGGAAUGGCAUCGAAUCAUUCUAGAUGAAGCACAUACCAUCAAGAAUCGGAAUGCAAGAACCACGAAGGCGUGUUGUGAAUUGAAGUCGGCUAGACGUUGGUGUUUGACAGGUACACCGAUUGUGAAUCGAUUAGAUGAUUUGGCUUCUUUGUUACAUUUUAUUAAAUUGGAACCUUGGGGUGAUUUUUCGUUCUUUAAAUCGUUUGUGACGAUUCCGUUUAGUAAAGGUGAUCAAAAGGCAGUCGAAGUGGUUCAAGUGAUCAUCGAGAGUACGGUACUAAGAAGAGAGAAAUCGAUGAAAGACAAAGAUGGAAAGUCGAUCAUUGGAGAUUUACCUCCCAAAUCGAUCGAAAUCAAAUCAUUAAAGAUGAAUGAAAAAGAAAGCAAGAUCUAUGAGAUGAUGUUCAAGAAUGCGAAAGCGAGAUUUUUAGAAGUAUUAAUGGCAGGUACGGUGAUGAAACACUUUACGAUGAUCUUAACGAUCUUGAUUAGAUUAAGACAAAUCGUUUUACAUCCAACGAUUGUCAUUCAAAGAGUUGGUAUUGAGUUUUUUGAUCAAUUGAUUCGAAAUGAAAACGAUCCAGAAGAAGAAAAGUGGAUGAGAUCAUUGAUUAAAGAGUUUGGAAAGAAUCGAUGGAAGGAUGGAUUGGAUGAGAGUCAUGAGUUAAAGAAGAAGGUUAAGAAGGUUUUGAAGUUGAGAUCAGAGGAAAGUAAUGAGAUUGAAGAAUGUUCGAUUUGUUUAGAUUUUAUAGAUUCUAGAGUCUUUUUGCCUUGUAUGCAUUCUUUUUGUAAAGAAUGUAUUAUGGGAUACGUAGAAUCUAAAAUGGGGGAAGAGACCAUGUGCGCAAAUUGUAAUCAAGUGUUUGUGGAAACUGAUUUAAUAGAAUAUGUAGGAAAAAAACAAAAACCUAAGAAGAUGUUGUGUCCAAGUUCGACUGCUACAUCAGAAGCUAGUACACAAGGAGAAGAAGAGAUUCGAUUUGAUGAUGAAGAAGAAAAUGAAGAAGGUUUCGAAGGAUAUCUUAAAUCGAAUCAUGGAUUUAUUUCAUCUACUAAACUUGAAGCUUUAAUCAAGAUUUAA